GUAUAAACUUCAUCCUCGAAGAUACCAAGAGGGUCGUCGACAGGCAGAGUUAUCACGGGAAUACGAUCGGGGCGCUCUGUGUUUCGGGGCAUGAAGAGAGGAGGGAGGUUUAUAGAGAUUUAUGACGCCGAAUGUUUCCUUUGUGGAUCCUUGCUAUGCAUACCGGAUGAAAGAGGGUGAGAAGAUGGAUACAGAGCUUGCUGGGCGACUGGCGAGUCGGUUUGAGGAUGAGAUAUUACGGGUUGCACCUGGGCAAGUGGCGAGGUUGGUUACUGAGACGGUUGGUGGGACGACGCUGGGUUGUGUUCCUGCUGUGGAAGGGUAUUUUGGAAAUAUCUGGGAUAUCUGUGAUAAGUACGGGGUGUUGCUAAUCUUGGAUGAGGUUAUCUGCGGUAUGGGCACAACGGGCAGCAUGCAUGCCUGGCAACAAGAGAGAUUCGCGGGCCAGAUAUCCAGACUAUCGGCAAGGCUCUUGGGGCGGGCUUCGUUCCUCUCUCUAGGGUUUUGCUGCACCAGAAUAUCGUUGAUGUAUUGUCUGCUGGGUCUGGUAGGCUGGCACAUGGCCAUACAUUCCAGGUAUCGAGAUCCUUCACCCUAGGAGCACCGGUUUAGUUAAAGUAAGUGGCUAACCGCGGUCCAGGCCCACCCCUUGCCUGCGCAGCCGCCAUCGCCGCCCAAGGAAUCAUCAAGCACGAUAACCUAAUCGAUCGGGCUGCUCAGACAGGCUCGAAGCCUAAAAUGUUGCUGCGGGGAGAAAUUU